UCCUUUUGAACAUUUCGUUCCUCAACUAUUACCACGCCACCACUCUCUUUGCGCUCUCUGUCUCUCUCUCUCCGAAACUCCGAAGGCAAUGGCGUCUGUAGCAGCAACCGCAGCUCGCCGAGCAGCAUCAAUCACUCGCGUUUCUAUUUCCACUUCCAGAACUCCGAUUCAACCUUCCUCUCUCGUACCCCGCCGCAAUCUUGCGGGAGCCGCCGAUCACCAUGGUCCUCCAAAAGUUAACGCCUGGGAAGACCCGAUGAGCCCAUCUAAGUGGAAGGAAGAGCACUUUGUGAUUGUCAGUUUAACUGGGUGGGGACUGUUCUUCUAUGGGACAUACAAGUUCUUCACAGGAGGCAAGGGAAAGAAAGAAGAGAAAUUGGCGGAAGCAUCUCAUUGAGGCUUGGAGCAUGUUAGUUUACAUCCGAAAGUUUUCCCCUUAAUAAUUCGUUGUGCCAGGAAUUUUCUGGGACUCUGUUAUUUGCUGGUAAACAAAUGUUUGGGCUAGUUAUCCAUUGUUCCUUGAAGAAAUAUUUGGGAUAGUUAUCCAUUAUUCCUUGAAGACAGUGAAAGUUGGGAGAUGAUGAUGAUGUUUUUUUUUUUCAGAAAAAAGGUGUAAAAUUUUAUUUACAUUUAACAUUAGCUUGUGUUAAGCCAGUUCGUGAAUUCCUCGACAUUUGCAAUCAAUAAGUAUAUUCGCAGGAUCUUUAUCGGUAUUCAAA